AUGGGAUCCAACAACCGAAAGAUCCCUCUCGUUCCCCUCGCCAAGGGCUCGGUACUCCUCCCCGGCGUGACUUUACGAAUCCCUGUCUCUAACCGCCCGGAUCUCGCCAAUCUCCUUUCAUCACUGGUCGACAAGCCUUCGAGGCGAGAUGCCAACCAUAUAACCUUCGGAUGUGUUCCGCUGAGCUCACCGUUCCUCAGCCGUGAUGGCCAACAGCUUCUGGAAGGAGCAGACUCCGACCAGGAGCGGAAAGGGGACUAUGAUACGAUUGAUGCCGGUCAGGCGCGCAAAGAUGAUCUUUUCCGCUAUGGAACCGUAGGAAAAGUCAUCGGAGUUCAGCGCCGGGCCUACUCCGAGCCGUUCUUGCUAGUCCAAGGCCAGCAGAGAUUCUCAAUUAAGAAGGUUCUACGUGACCGCCCAUACUUCGAAGCCGAAGUAUGUCUCCACGAAGAAAGUAACUCCGGUCAAAAUGACGAAGACGUAGCUGAUCUCUUCCAACAAUUGAGACAGCUCUCCCGAGAGCUUCUGACCCUCCUUCGUCUUUCCUCGCUACUGUCGGCGGCGUCUUCUCGUCUUUCGCCACUCGUUGCUCGGAAGUUCGAGCUAUAUAUUUCCAAGACAGAGUUGGCACAGGCAGGCAAGCUAGCGGAUUUCAUGGCGGAUGUCUCUGACGCCAGCUUUGAAGAGAAGCUACGCAUCCUUGCUUCCCUGGAUGUCAAAGAACGUCUGACCAGGGUUGUUGAGAUCCUCAGUCGACAGGCGCAACACAUUAAGAGUAGCGUUAAGGUGACCUCUGUUGGCUCAACAUCCUUCCCGUCUUCCGGGAUGGAUAUCAGCCAGAUUGAUCCCCGCGAACGCGAGAUUCUUGCAAAGCGCGCGAUGUCAGGAUUGACUGGCAUGACACCCCCUGGGAUGUCUGGGCGCGGUAACGAUGACGAUAAAGAGCCAAAUGAGGUGGAUGAGCUUCAACAGAAGUUGCAAGAUGCACAGCUCAGCCCCGAAGCCCGAAAGGUUGCGGACAAGGAACUGAAGCGUCUACGCAAGAUGAACCCGGCCAAUGCCGAAUACGGUGUCUGUCGGACCUACCUGGAAAAUCUGUCGGAGAUUCCUUGGACCAAGGUGACCGAGGAUCAGCUUGGCCCUGACACAUUGAAGCGAGCGAGGAAGCAGCUAGACGAGGACCACUAUGGCCUGGAUCGUAUCAAGAAGAGACUUUUGGAAUAUUUAGCUGUUCUGCGUUUGAAGCAGACGACCAAUUUCGAUGUCGAGCGUCAAAUUGGAGGACUCUCCCGGGAUCUGGACUCUUCUGCAGUUGGUGACGUUGAAAAGGAUGUGCCCCUGUUAUCCGAGUCUGAUCGAGUCGCAUUGGAGACUAAGCUUGAGCUUCUGAAAUCCAAGCGCAUGACUGACAAGUCACCCAUCUUGCUUCUUGUUGGACCACCCGGAACUGGAAAAACCAGUCUGGCCAGGUCAGUCGCUGCUUCGCUGGGCCGCAAGUUCCACCGCAUCUCUCUUGGUGGUGUUAGAGAUGAGGCAGAAAUCCGCGGUCACCGACGUACCUAUGUUGCCGCCAUGCCUGGUCUAGUCGUGAAUGGCUUGAAGAAGGUUGGUGUCGCUAACCCUGUCAUCUUGCUUGAUGAGAUUGACAAGGUUGGUGGUGCCAACUUCCAGGGUGACCCAUCUGCUGCUAUGCUGGAGGUCCUGGACCCCGAGCAGAACCACACCUUUACCGACCACUACAUCAACAUUCCCAUUGAUCUGAGCAAAGUACUUUUCCUCGCCACCGCCAAUUCCUUGGAGACUAUCCCCGCACCUCUCCUUGAUCGCAUGGAGACAAUUUCCCUGUCUGGAUACACGACCGUGGAGAAGCGUCACAUCGCCAAGCAACACUUGAUUCCUAAGCAGAUCAGGUCUAACGGACUGAGCGAGGGACAGGUCAACUUGUCUGACGAGGUGAUUGACAAGACAAUUACCUCGUACACCCGUGAAUCUGGUGUCCGUAACCUCGAACGGGAGCUUGGUUCUAUCUGUCGUCACAAGGCUGUUCAGUAUGCUGAUGCUGGUGAUGCCGAUCGUCUAGAUGAAUACAACCCCGUUGUGUCGGUUGAUGACCUGGAGGACAUUCUGGGCAUUGAGCGAUUCGAGGAAGAGAUUGCUGAAAAGCACGGUCGUCCUGGCGUAGUGACUGGACUCGUCGCCUACUCCACUGGUGGUCAGGGCAGUAUCUUGUUCAUUGAAGUAGCAGACAUGCCGGGCAACGGACGCGUCCAGCUGACUGGAAAGCUCGGUGACGUGCUGAAGGAGUCUGUCGAAGUAGCUCUCACAUGGGUGAAGGCGCACUCCUUUGAGCUCGGUCUCACCCAUGACCCGAAUGAGGAUAUCAUGAAGAGCCGAAGUCUCCACGUCCACUGUCCGUCCGGUGCUAUCCCUAAGGAUGGGCCCUCUGCCGGUCUUGCGCACACUGUCGCAUUGAUCUCCUUGUUCAGCAACAAGCCUGUCCCACCACAGAUUGCCAUGACUGGCGAGGUCUCGCUCCGUGGCCGAGUCAUGCCCGUUGGUGGUAUCAAGGAGAAGCUGAUCGGUGCUCACCGCGCAGGCGUCAAGACAGUUUUGCUGCCUGAUCACAACCGCAAGGAUGUCAAAGAAGUCCCGCAGGAAGUGCAGCAAGGUCUGGAAAUCAUAUAUGUCAAGCACAUUUGGGAAGGCCUUCGUCAAAUCUGGCCCGAUGCCCAAUGGCCGGGUCAGCAACAGAUGAACUUCGUCGAGAGUCGCCUGUAG